GAAUAAACACGUUGCUCGUAUAAAUACAAGUAAUACCACGACAGUUUAUAUAUUUGCUUCAAUAUAAGUUUAUUAGCGUCAUUAAAAAAUAAAUAAAAAUCGUCACUUCCGGGAUCGUUGUUUCCCAUAAUGCACCGCGCCCGUCCUCACAUCCAAACAUGGCGUCGAGAGCUCCAGUGACCGCAGGAAGGCUGAUGAGCGGUGUGAGAAAAUGGUAUUACAACAUGGCUGGCUUCAACCAACUGGGUCUGAUGCGAGACGACACGAGGCACGAGGACGCCGACGUGAAGGAGGCCUUGCGGCGGCUGCCAGAGAAUGUCUCCAACGACCGCAUCUUCCGCAUCAAGAGGGCCCUGGAUCUGUCCAUGAAGCACCAGAUCCUGCCCAAGGACCAGUGGACACAGUAUGAGCAGGACGAGCACUACCUGACGCCAUACCUGGACGAGGUGAUCCGCGAGAGGAAAGAAAGAGAGGAGUGGAUGAAGAAAUGAAAGAGUGGUGUGAGCAUGACUGGUAUUUAAGAGAAACCCUCACUAAAAUGUACAUUUGGAAA